UGUCAAAAAUUUGACAAACUACCAUCGCUGCUGUCUUGUGAUUUUUCGAUUGAGUUUUUGUGUUCUGCCGAGGUAAUUCGUUCGAUAGCUUUGCAAAAAAAUCUGUGAAUAAAAUCCGUGAAUAUUUAAAUAAUCCUUUGUGAUUUUUCAACUUUUAAAAUGAGUGGCUUUCCGGGUACAUUCGCUUUCGACGAAUAUGGCAGACCUUUCAUCAUUUUGCGUGACCAAGAGAACCAGAAGAGAAUUACUGGAACCGAUGCAAUUAAGACUCACAUUUUGGCUGCUCGCCAAAUUGCAUCGACCCUGAAGACCUCACUGGGACCCAAAGGUCUGGACAAGAUCAUGGUCAGUGCCGAUGGUGAUGUAACAGUCACCAAUGACGGUGCUACCAUCUUGAAAUUGAUGGAAGUCGAUCAUGAGAUUGGUAAAUUGAUGGUUCAAUUGAGUCAAUCGCAAGAUGAUGAAAUUGGUGAUGGAACCACUGGCGUAGUUGUUUUGGCUGGAGCCUUGCUCGAACAAGCCGAAAGCCUCAUCGAUCGUGGCAUUCAUCCAAUUCGUAUUGCUGAUGGUUUUGAAUUGGCUGCACAGUGUGCUGUCAAGCAAUUGGAUUCAAUUGCUGAACCCUUCCCAAUCGAUCCCAAGAACAAGGAACCUCUGGUCCAAAUUGCAAUGACUACUUUGGGCAGCAAGAUUGUCAACAAGUGCCAUCGUCAAAUGGCUGAGAUGGCUGUUGAUGCCGUCCUCAAUGUGGCCGACAUCGAAGCAAAGGAUGUCAACUUUGAAUUGAUCAAGAUUGAGACCAAGGUUGGUGGACGCAUGGAAGACUCUAUGUUGGUUAAAGGUGUUGUCGUCGACAAGACCAUGAGCCACGCUCAGAUGCCUAAAGUAUUGAAGGAUGUCAAGUUGGCCAUCCUCACCUGUCCAUUCGAACCACCAAAGCCAAAGACCAAGCAUAAGUUGGAUGUCACCUCAGCUGAAGACUACAAAGCAUUGAGGGCUUAUGAAGCUGAAAAGUUCGCUGAUAUGGUUAAGAAGGUCAAAGAUGCUGGUGCAACUUUGGCUAUCUGCCAAUGGGGUUUCGAUGAUGAAGCCAAUCACUUGCUUUUGCAACACAAUCUUCCAGCUGUACGUUGGGUCGGUGGACCUGAGAUUGAAUUGAUUGCUAUCGCUACUAAGGGACGUAUUGUUCCUCGUUUUGAAGAACUAUCCGCAGAGAAACUCGGCAAGGCUGGUCUUGUCAGAGAAAUGUCUUUCGGUACUUCCAAGGAUAAGAUGUUGGUUAUUGAGGAAUGCCUGAACUCAAAGGCAGUUACUAUUUUCCUACGGGGUGGCAAUGAAAUGAUCAUUGCUGAAGCUAAGAGGUCAAUCCACGAUGCCAUUUGUGUAGUUCGUUCAUUGAUCAAGGAUUCCCGUGUUGUUUAUGGAGGAGGUGCAGCUGAAAUCAGCUGUUCAUUGGCUGUGGCCAAGGAAGCCGAUCAACUUUCAACCCUCGAACAAUAUGCCUUCCGUUCAUUUGCUAUUGCAUUGGAGAAUAUUCCAUUGGCUUUGGCUGAAAACAGUGGUCUGCAUCCAAUUGAGACCCUCUCAGAGUUGAAAUCCCGCCAGGUUGCCGAAAAAUUACCCAGCUUGGGUGUUGACUGCAUGUUAACAGGUGAUUCGGAUAUGAAGAAUCAUCAUGUUGUUGAGUCUCUGCAUUCCAAGAAACAACAAAUCCUUUUGGCCACACAAUUGGUGAAGAUGAUUUUGAAGAUUGACGAUGUGCGAACCAAACAAGAUAAUGAGUACUAAGUUGCGCUCUUCAUACACUUUUUUGUGUUAACUCAUUUGUGUUCUUUUUCACUCAUUAACAUCGUUUAUAAAUGUGUUUUUUUGUUUAGUUUUACUUUCACUAAAGUAAAUUUGGUGGAAAAGAAAAAUAAAAAAAAAAUCACUACACGCUAAAAAAUUUGUCAUCAUCUCCUUUAUAAAUCAGCUCACAAAUUAUUUUUGUCUUCUUUUUUAAUAAUUAUUUUAAACACUCACAUAUAAAAAAAAAAUACAAAACGGAAUUAAUAAAAUCACAACUUUAAAACGUGAAUAAUACAA